CGAAAUUCUUUCAUCAGAUACUUAAACUGGAUGUUUUUCAGUUUUAUAAGUUAUCACAUGUCACUUCAGUAGUCAUACUUCCCAAAUUCACUCGGAUUAUGAUGAAGGAAAAAUGCUGAACACUUCUUGACAAAUAGUUGAAGUUUUGGAUUUGGCACUUAGAGAUAACGAUAGCCAACAGACAAUGAUGACAAAAGGGUGAUAUAGGUGACAAAAUGUGGCAAAUGUAUUGAGUAACUGCCUGAAUGAAAUAAGAAAAGGCACUAUAUCCAUGCAUGCGAUUGUAAUACAGUAGGCUAUGUGACGAUGUUUUUCGAAGAUACCUUAUUCAUGAACCACACCAUAAAACACUGGGUUACUUAGUAUGAUAUUACGCAGAGGCGAGGACAUCCUCUCACCGGCUCUUAUCCAUUACGCACAGAGAUAUCACGCAUGCCGUUAGACUGGGCGCGCUCCACUAUGGACUUGGUUGCAGGUGGAGACGUCAUGGCACGCACAACGAGAAGGAUGAGAACGAAGGAAAACUCGAGGAUGAGUCACGACCUAUUUUCUAACAUGAUAUCCUUAAAGAUUUGUUAUUCAAUUGAGAUCAUUCAUCAUAGAUCACAAAUGUUACCUAGGACCCGGGGCUAGACUACUUGGAGCUCUGCUCCUAAUCGAGGACACCAAUACCACCAUGGUUAAAGUUGGACGCCUUUGUGAAUGUCACGUAUUACAAAAAUAUUAUUUCUCGAUGAAAAUCAAACAGUGAGAAACAUGGAACUUGAGGCAAAUUCAAGCGGUGUAAAUUGUUUGUCUCACGAUGAGAACGGAAGCUGCGCGGCGGAACAGAACUCGUCCGCCGGAGUGUCCACUGCGCUGGCCAGCGUGCUGAUCUUCACCAUAGUGGUUGACAUCCUGGGGAAUGUGCUCGUUAUCCUCUCUGUGUUUCGGAACAAAAAACUAAGGAAUGCAGGCAACAUCUUUGUUGUGAGUCUCUCUGUGGCGGACCUGGUGGUGGCAGUGUACCCCUACCCUCUGGUCCUCACGGCCAUCUUCCACAAUGACUGGACCAUGGGUGACCUUCACUGCCAGGCCAGUGGCUUCAUCAUGGGCCUCAGCGUCAUCGGCUCCAUCUUCAACAUCACGGCCAUCGCCAUCAACCGCUACUGCUACAUCUGCCACAGUCUUCACUACGAUCGCCUGUACAGCGUCAGGAACACCUGCUGCUACCUGGGCCUCACCUGGCUGCUCACCGCCCUCGCCACCGUGCCCAACUUCUUCGUGGGCUCGCUGCAGUACGACCCACGCAUCUACUCCUGCACCUUCGCCCAGACGGUCAGCUCCUACUACACCAUCUCUGUGGUGGUCAUCCACUUCCUCAUCCCCCUGCUGGUCGUGUCUUUCUGCUACAUGAGGAUCUGGGUCCUGGUCAUCCAGGUCAAACACAGGGUGAAGCCAGAGUACAGGACCAAAGUGAAGCCAAGUGACGUUAGGAACUUCCUGACUAUGUUUAUAGUGUUUGUGCUGUUCGCUGUGUGCUGGGCGCCGCUGAACCUGAUUGGCCUGGCCGUGGCCAUCAACCCCAUGAGGGUGGCGCCCAACAUCCCAGAAUGGCUCUUUGUCAUGAGCUACUUCAUGGCGUACUUCAACAGCUGCCUGAAUGCUAUCAUUUACGGACUGCUCAACCAAAACUUCCGGAAGGAAUAUAAGACUAUCGUGUUGGCCCUGUGCGUCCCCCGUCUACUGCUCAUGGAGACCUCCCGCUGUGGGACAGAGGGGAUGAAGAGCAAGCCUUCGCCCGCCGUGACCAACAAUAACCUGGCCGAAAUAAACGUAUGAGCUUUGUUUGAGAGGGAACUGGGUUGUCGUAUUACCGGCUCUGGACUUGGGGAAACACACUGGCAUUGAAGCCAGGCUGUUAAGGUGCCCUACACUUACAGUUGUGUCACUUCCAUUGUGCCUUUCCUUCAGAUGAAGUUACAGGAGGGUGUCAAACUAAGUAAGGUCAUGUUGCCUGAGUUACAAACAUGCUGUAAGAGACCUCACAUUUAAUUAUACCCUACUUUAAUUUGUCUGUCAACCCACUGUGGCAUUGUUAUGUUUAGAAAGGGGAAAAUAUACAUAGCAAGCAAAAUUAUGAGGGCCAAAUAUAUAUAUAUUAUAAAAAUUGGAUUUUGAUUAAAUAAAGGAGGAGGAUACAGUAUAUUUGUUUGAUCAGCUGUCUGCAGGUCGAUCCUUGUCAGUUGUAACAAUUCAUUGAGUCUGCUUAUUUUACUAAAGAUCACAUUAGCCAGUGUGGUCCCCCAUACCAAACAACAAAAUGA